GAAUGAAGCCCUCUAAGCACAUAAAACACAUUUCAAAUCCAAUAAACCUAAAAAAUUCAAAAAUCUUCAUAAAAGACUACUCCAUCGUCCAAAGCCCAAAACACCCUUCAAAACAGUCCAAAGUCCCAUCUCUAGUCCCUAACCUCCCGCCCAAGCUAGCCCUCAAAAUCAACCUCAUUAACACCUCUGAACAGGCCACUUCACUUCCCAGCAUUGCCUCUCUAGAAGCCUCACCUUCCUCAAAGUAAUAAACCCCUAAAUCCUCAUCAGUGCUCCACUCAAAACUCGAUUUAAAGACCCUAGUAGAGAUUACAUCAAAAAUAACCAAUUCUCAAAGAACAAAUAUUACCAUAACUUCAUGAACUUCAACCAGUUACCAUUCAGCCCCAUCUCAAAUAAACUUGAUGAGAAAAAUUCCAGAAUCUGUAGAAAAUCUAUACAAGCAAGAAAUUCAAGAGAUUAUGGCAGGAACUACCACUUACGAAGCCUUAAGAGCCAUGAUGAGCACAUUCAUAAUAAGCGAAUAGGGUCAUUGAAAGAAGAUAUCAUUAGCCAGACAAACAGUUUAAUAGAUCAAGAGAUUCCUCUAUCUCAAAACAUACAUAGUCCAAGAUCCAAUAUAUCUUCCCUUGCCUCAAGUAUUAUUGUUCAAAAGAGAAACAAAGAAAGGUCUAUAUAUAAUAUUUUCCGCAAGAGUAAGCACAAACUCAACAAACUCGGACAACAAAGGAGCAAAUACAAAAACCUGAUCAAGAGCAACGAAAAUACUUCCAAUAAUCCUCAGAUAAACUCUAAGAGAGUGAAACUCAGAAAAGAUAGUUUAUUCAAGAAGUUCAAGCUCAAUCGGAAGAAAAUAGAGCUUAAGCUUUUCCCUCAGUAGCGAAGGAAUAGUACUAAUUCACAUAAUUUUCAAUUA